CUCGGGAUAGAAUUGGUGGUCGAGUUCACACUAACUACUCAUUUGGUUUUCCUGUUGACAUGGGAGCAGCCUGGUUGCAUGGUGUCUGCAACAAGAAUCCAUUGGCAUCUUGGAUUGGAAGACUUGGUCUACCAAUUUAUCGAACUUCUGGUGACAAUUCUGUCUUGUAUGAUCAUGACUUGGAGAGCUACGCACUCUUUGAUGGUGAUGGACAUCAAGUGCCUCAAGAUCUAGUGGAAAAAGUUGGUAAGGUGUUUGAAACCAUUCUGGAAGAGGCUAACAAACUCAGGUAUGAAACAAAUGAAGACAUGUCUAUAGCACAGGCUAUUAAGCUAGUCAUGGAGAGGCAUUCAAUAUGAUGCAUUAUUAAUGAAUUAAGUCUACUUUAUGAGAUUUCAGAUUUUUUUAUUAUUCAUAGGCAUUUAGUUUAGAUCAAGUGACAUUU